CAUCUCGCUACCAGGCGAAGUGGAGGAAGCUCGCAGCCCCGUGCGGUGCCGAGUACAGCCGGGCUUUCCGCAUACAAACCGACCACUAGCCCAGGAUCUCCGUCCCGAUGUCCGUAUAAAACAGCGCCGCAGCCGACACGCAUGAAGACUUUAACCCUUGGUGGCACUUCAGCACAAUCUUCUUUAACGUGGUGACCCGUGGUCUGGGGGCAGAAGACGAUGGACCAGCCCCUCAUCGGUUGCCUGCUGGCCCUUUGCGCAAUAACCGCAACCGGAUAUUCGUCCAAGAGAUCGCCCGUGAAUCUGGACGCCACUCCUCGGAUAACCGUGCCAAAUAACGAACUCUCGGACGUCAGACAGUUCAGCGCUAAUGUGAAGAAUUACAGUACUCUGCUCCUGGAGGAUGACAAGGGGAUUCUGUAUGUGGGAGCGAGGGGCGCUAUCUUCUCACUCAAUUCGAGUGAUAUCUCUCAGAGAUCGCAGAAAGACAUCCACUGGGAGGUCACCUCUGAAGAGCACAAUGAGUGCCUGAAAAAGGGCAGAAAUAAUCAGACCGAGUGCUUCAACCAUAUAAGGCUUCUCCAGAGAUUUAAUGAAACCCACCUGUAUGCAUGUGGAACAAAUGCUUUUUCUCCAAAGUGCUGCUUCAUUGAUGGGAAGACUUUUGUUUUGCCUGCCCAGUUUGAAGAAGGGAAAGAAAAAUGUCCGUAUGAUCCUGCAACGGGCUACACGGGACUCAUAAUAGAUGGCGGACUUUACACAGCCACGCGCUAUGAGUUCCGCAGCUUGCCAGACAUACGGCGGAACCUUUACCAGCGCACUUUGAAAACCGAGGAAUCCCCCCUGCACUGGCUAAACGAUGCCGAGUUUGUGUCCUCCGCUUUAAUUCCGGAGAGUCUGAACGCCGAAGUAGGAGAUGACGAUAAAAUCUAUUACUUCUUCAAUGAACGCGUCAUAGAGGAGAGCUCUUCCUUUCUGGACAAGACACAGGUGGCGAGCGUGGCUCGCGUGUGCAAGAGCGACAUGGGAGGCAAGAAAAUUUUGCAGAAGAAAUGGACAUCGUUUCUGAAAGCGAGACUGGUCUGCUCCAUGCCUUAUUAUGAAACCUUGAAGAGCGCCUACACCCUCGAGCUGGGAAGCUGGGACACGGCAAUAUUCUACGGGGCUUUUAUUCUGCAAUGGAGGAACAUGGAGGCAUCUGCUAUUUGCCAAUAUAGCAUAUCGGAUAUUCAGAAGGUGUUUGACGGUCCGUAUAUGGAAUACCAAGACUCUUCUCGGAAAUGGUCCAGAUACAACGGUGACGUUCCAAAGCCCAGGCCAGGCUCGUGUAUCACGGAUGAAUUCCGGAGCAACGGAUAUAACUCUUCCCAGGAUCUCCCCAAUAACGUUCUAGAUUUCGUGAAGCUUCACCCCCUGAUGUACGAGAAGGUGAAGCCGGUCGGUGAGCAGCCAAUUCUGAUGAAGAAGAAUAUUAUAUAUACCCGGAUAGCCGUGGACAGGGUCACUGCUCUGGAUAACAAGCAGUAUGAUGUCCUCUUCAUAGGGACAGGUGAUGGCUGGAUUCACAAGGCUGUCGUUAUCAACUCUGGAGUUCAUAUUAUAGAAGAAAUUCAGGUUUUCAAGGAGCGGCAACCAGUGGAGAAUUUGGUGAUCUCUAAAAAACAGAAUAGUUUAUACGUAGGAGCCCCGAGCGGAGUUCUGCAGAUACCACUAUCCAGCUGCGACAGAUACACGUCGUGCUACGACUGCGUUCUCGCCAGAAACCCGUACUGCGGCUGGGACGGAGACGCGUGCAGCGACGUUCUCACAUCGGAAGACAGGGUACGGAUGACGCAGGACAUGCAGAGUGGUAUCGGAGGAUGUUUAAACAGCACAGACGAGGGUGCUUCAGUGACCAAAUCACGGACAGUUUUGAAAGGCGACGAUGUACUUCUGCAGUGCGACCUGAAGUCUAAUCUGGCCAGGCCAAAGUGGGUAGUAAACAGCAGCUAUCCGCUGGACGAAAGCGACGUUCACUUCCGAGUGGGGAAUGAUGGCCUCCUCAUCAUGGACACGCUACUGGAGCACGGUGGAGAAUACAGCUGCUAUUCUGAGGAGAAUGGUCUACGGGCCGCGGUGGCCCUCUACACGCUUAACGUUCUGCUGGAACUGCCCAAAGAGAAGUUGUAUUCGGAAUCCACUCCGGUAAUCCAGUUGCCUACGGCGGCCAGCCUUUCUUCCAACAAACUAGAGUUUGUCUACAUUUCCAUAAUUACUAUUCUCGGUGGACUCUGCGUAGUCCUGUCUGUCGUUUUGCUGUAUGUUUCUUUUCAGCAAAAAAGGAAGGGCAAGUACGCGAUGAGCAACUCCCGGUCCACAAAUGUCGAACUCCACACGGUCUCAUCAAAUUUCAAAGACAAGGCGGACGAUAUUAACAACUACUCCGACGGGUGUUUGCAGAUCAUUCCUGGUGAGGCUCCUACCAUGUCUCCCAGCAAGGAAACCCCGCCGCCGCCACCGCCGCCACCCCCUCUCCCAUCCGAGUUCACCAACGGCAUAAGCACGCUACCCAACAUGCUUCGGAAAAUGAAUGGCAACAGUUACAUGCUUCUAAGACAGAACGAGGAGGCCAGCUCUCCUCUGUACAACUCCUUUACAGAGGAACUCAGCAAGAUCCUGGAGAAAAGGAAGCACACGGUAUUAGUAGACAAGCUGGACGAAAGUUCUGUCUAAAAUAAACUGAAAAAAAAAAAGACAUUAAAACACAAAAAAACAACCUUUUAAGCUACCUCAAUGUAAAUUUGUUUUUUUAAUUACAUUUUAUGACAUUUGGACUCACAUUGUAAGUGAAUAUUUACCAUACAGAUUUAUUUAUAAUCAUAACCACUUUGGAAGUCAUGGAUCCUUUCUUUUUUAUCUGGAUACGUACCUGUUGGAGUUAUUUUAUCGUUCGUAUUUAUAAACUUGGCCGGCUCAUGGGAAAGAUUUGGCGCGUCCUGCUGGCGGAGAGAGUCCCCGUUCCCCAAACGAAGUAACUGUGCCCAAAGCAAAAAGAGACGUUCUAGAAAGUAGGACAAACUCUCCGUAUUCCACAAAACGAGACGCAGAAGGAGAAGAGUCGUGAUGGAAGGAGAACCGCAUGGUGUUGGAGCAUUUGUUUUAUUUUUGUGCCGGCGAUUAUAGAACAAUUCAGACGGGGAGUAAAUUACAGCAUCUGGCAAUUAGCGGCUGAUUAUCCAAGAUGACCGGUUAAUGGCACCAGCUGUUGGUUAAUACACCUGGGGUGACUGCGCCGGCCUUCAUGAAAAAUGAAUCACCAGAAGACGUACAAACAUUCAGAAAGUGCGCGGAUUUCAGCAAAACUCGGCUUAAAGCCCCUUUGUGAUGGCUUUUUUUGCAAGACGGAUACAUCCUCCGUCAAGAGAACGUUGGAAACGUCCGUGAACUGGUCUUGCGGCACCGCUGUUAGUUUGAUGAGGUCAUUUUAAUGGCUAUAAUUUAUUCUCUGUGCGUUAAAACCACUGUUUUUAUCCAACGCGAGCUCACGUGCUGUAUUCCCUCCCCGAGCAGGUGGAACGUGUUCUCAUUUACCUCUGUGAUAAAAUGUAUCAUGUAUGUUUCAACACUGGGUUUUUGGGUGGUUGGGUGUAAA